UGCUCAGAGUGAGUUUGCUCUCACCGCCGCUGCUGCUGCUGCUCUCCAUCCAUCUGUGUCCGUCUCGUAUUCGCUCCUUCUCUCUCUCUCUCUCUCUCUCUCUCUCUCCAUCACUCCCCCCUGAUCUUUACUCUUUCUCCUGUCCUGCACACUUACUUCCUGUGUCCUCUCUUCUCCUGCACUCUAUAUCAAAACCACUGUCAGUGUCUCCACACGUACUGCUGAGCCUUAGUGCGCAGCACCUGUGCAGACUGGAGUUUGUCGGGCCGAGGCAGAAGGUUUUUUCUUUUUCUUUUUUUUUUUUUUAAAUUUCAUCCUGUGCGUGCGUAUGUGUGUGUGUUGAACAGGGAGGGGAGGAAACACCCAGGAACACCUGACCGACAUUUCAUCAAGAUAUGUGGAGGUUUAGGAACUGAUCUCCUCCUCUAGCUGUUUGUUUAUCAAGUUUUUUUUGUUAUUGCAACACCUGGAAUGCUUAACCUGGACUGAUGGAUGUUUCCGAGCUGUGCAUCCCUGACCCUCUCUGCUACCACAACCAGUUGCUAACCAGAAUGCCCUCUCAGGACCGACACUUAUCCUCCAGCUGUGGUUCCUACGUCAAAACCGAGCCCUCCAGCCCCUCCUCCUCGUUGGUCGACACCGGCAGCCAUCACAGCCCCAGCGGCAACUCUGACGCCAGCGGCGGCUACGUCAACGGCGGCGGCAGACACUCGCACGCCCUGGACUCCCCGCCGAUGUUCAACCCGGGCAUGCUGGGAGGGGGCGCCGCCUGCCUGCGGCGCUACGAGGAAUGCGCCGGCGUCGUGGCGGACGACUUGCCGAUCAAGUGCGAGUACAUGCUCAACGCCAUCCCCAAGAGGCUGUGCCUGGUGUGCGGCGACGUCGCCUCGGGGUACCACUACGGGGUGGCGUCCUGCGAGGCCUGCAAAGCCUUCUUCAAAAGGACGAUACAAGGGAAUAUUGAGUACAGCUGUCCCGCCACGAAUGAAUGUGAGAUCACCAAAAGGAGACGCAAGUCGUGCCAGGCCUGCCGCUUCAUGAAGUGUCUUAAAGUUGGCAUGUUGAAAGAAGGUGUGCGCCUGGACCGGGUGAGAGGCGGGAGGCAGAAGUACAAACGGAGGUUGGACGCGGAGAACAGCGCCUACCUCGGCCUCGGCAUUCCCCCUCCUGCCAAAAAGCCACUGACGAAGAUCGUUUCCCAUCUGCUGGUGGUGGAGCCGGAGAAGAUCUAUGCCAUGCCGGACCCCACCAUGCCCGACGGAGACAUCAAGGCCCUGACCACGCUGUGCGACCUGGCCGACCGCGAGCUGGUGGUGAUCAUCGGCUGGGCGAAGCACAUCCCAGGUUUUUCCACCCUCUCGCUGGCAGACCAGAUGAGCCUCCUGCAGAGCGCCUGGAUGGAGAUCCUGGUGCUGAGCAUCGUGUUUCGCUCGCUGCCCUGCGAGGACGAGAUCGUGUACGCGGAGGACUACGUGGUGGACGAGGAGCAGGCGAGGAUCUCGGGCCUGCUGGACCUGCACGUCGCCAUCCUGCCGCUGGUCCGACGCUACAAGAAGCUGCGCAUCGAGAAGGAGGAGUUCGUCACGCUCAAAGCCAUCGCCCUCGCCAACUCGGACUCCAUGCAUAUAGAGAACAUCGAGGCGGUCCAGAGGCUGCAGGAUUCCCUCCACGAGGCCCUGCAGGACUUUGAGGGCUCCCAACACCCAGAGGACCCUCGACGGGCAGGCAAGUUGCUAAUGACCCUCCCGCUGCUCCGUCAGACCGCCACCAAGGCCGUCCAGCACUUCUACGGCAUCAAGAUGCAGGGCAAAGUCCCCAUGCACAAACUAUUCCUCGAGAUGUUGGAGGCCAAGGCUUGACACCCGGGCCAGAUGUUUGACAGACAGCUGCAUCACUCAAUGGGACGAGAGGGACAGCCCAUGAAAAAAAAAGGUGGUGUGCCAAUUCACAGCGACAGGAUGAAGCUCGGACUACUGAUUUUAAUUUCAACACUUUAAAAUGGUUAUAAACGUAAAAGAAUAAGGGACUUGAAAUGGUUUUAAAAAGGGUAAAUAUCAACCUGAUUGACAUGGGAUCAUCAUGACGAUGUGUAUAAAGAUGCUGUGUACAGAAAUCAGGCAACCGAGGUCUUGUUAUAGCCAGAGACCCAUUGCUCUAUAUCACCUGAAGCUUCUGUGGAUUUGUUUCUUAUCUUAUUUUCAUCUCAAAUUGGAGGUAUGUCAAUAUAAAUGUCCUGAAGAACUGUACGGCUGCGUAGCCGCAUGAUGUGCUUUUUGUUUGUUUGUUUGGUUCUUAUUUUCUUUUCUCCGCUGUUAAAGCAAUAGUCUCUAACUGGUCUACAUAUAAUAUGUGUACUGUAUAUUGUGUGAAAUUGCACUGGGCGGGUAGGGGCGAGAAUUUUUAGACAUAUUCUUAUAUUCGUCAUCAAAGAACGCAACCAGGGGUCUGUGAGAUUCUCGAUUUCUUCCUAAUAUAUUUACCUCGUACUAGCUUCAUCAACCCGGCGGUUGUGGUCGGCUUGGUGCUGACAGAAGGCCUCGGGUCGGCCGGGGAUCGUAGUUGACAAAGUGUUUGCACUAAGCAUCGAUGAUUAACGUGGCAAUAAUGGGUAUUAAAUUAAGUCUCAGUAAGUGUUUUUUUUUUUUAAUUAUAGAUACAAAACUCACUGCUCACUUCUCUGUCUUCAGUGUUACACACAAAUAUCGGCAACUUAGAAUACUGUGAAAAAUACACAUGAGUAGUAUCCUGUGCUGAAGAUUUUAAACUGUGUUUUUUAUUUAAAUACAGGUACAAGAACGGCAACUAUCUAUGCAAUUUAAUGCAAUCUAAAAUGGUUCUGUAAUGCAACCUGAUAGCCCAGCAAUAAAUACUACCUUUUGUGAAGUUCAUAAUGUUCA